UGAGUAAAAGUUCUUGGUUAAAAGUUACAGCUCAGUUCUGUAACAAGGUGAUUUCCUGACUGAAAACUAUAACAUCAACGAAAAAAAGUGUCUGAAUGUAGCGUAGCUGUUUGCAAUUCAGGCAAACAAUUUUGUUUGAUUUGACUGCUGUUUGAAAGAGUGCCACGCCCCUCCCCGGAUUGGCCUGCUGUGUUCAUUCCAGCCCCUCACUUUGUUAUCUUGGAUUCUCCAGCAUCUGCAGUUUUCAUUCUCACUUGCCUUGGAGGCUCUCGUUUGCACAGCCAAAGCCGGACCGGGUCACUCCAGCAGCAAUAACCGGAGGCUCUCGUUUGCACAGCCAAAGCCGGACCGGGUCACUCCAGCAGCAAUAACCGGAGGCUCUGGUUUGCAGAACCCCAGCGCGACCCACUUACACCAACAGCAACAACAGGAGUGUCUCUCUGCUUUGCUUGCAACCGGACUCGCUCAAUUCCAGCAGCCAUCUCCCUUAGAGCUGCGCCGCUUUGGCAAAAGGCAAACUUUGGGAAAUGGAAAAUUUUCGACAGUUUGUUGGCUUUCUAAUGGCCGCAGCUUUCCUGGGCACCUUCUCAGUUGUGUUUGUUUUGAUUUGGGUGUUCUACUGGAGAGGGGGACUGGCGUGGGACCAAGGAUUUCUGGAAUUUAACUGGCAUCCAGUCCUCAGCACCAUUGGGUUUAUCUUCAUUAAUGGAUUCGGCCUCAUCAUUUACAGGUUGCCGUGGACGUGGAAUAUCAGUAAGCCUCUGAUGAAAUAUGUUCAUGCUGGCCUGAAUUUUAUAGUCUUUGUUCUUAUGGUCAUUUCCCUCGUGGCUGUCUUUGAUUUUCAUAACGCCAAGAAGAUCCCUAACAUGUACAGUCUACACAGCUGGGUUGGAUUGGCUGCUGUUAUUAUGCAUGCUGUACAGGCAAUAAUAGGAAUAUGCAUUUUCCUGAUGCCCUUCACUCCUAUGUUCAUCAAGACUUUUUACAUGUCAAUCCACGUUUUUACUGGCCUCCUCGUCUUUGGAAUGUCAAUUACUGCAGCUGAAAUGGGAAUAACUGAGAAACUUAUUUUCUCUUUACGGCCAGGUAGUAAUAGUACACUCCCAUAUUCCCAGUCACCACCUGAGGCAAUAUUAGUCAAUACUCUUGGAAUAUUCAUUCUCCUCUUUGGAGGCUGUAUAUUGUGGAUUGCCAAACAGCCGGAGUGGAAGCGCCCUUCGCAACAUACAAAAGAAAAUAUCGGCAAUGAAGAACGAUCCAUCUUAAACAAAGCAACAGAUGUUUCUCCUGAAAUCAAGAAUGAAUGUGCACACGAAAGAGGAGAAUUGACACAUCUCAAUUUGGAAGAUGUGGGUCAAAGGUCAACAUUUUAAAAAAAAUUGUAUUUUGCUGAGCUGCUGAAUUAGUACAGAAUACUUUGUUAAUAUUGUUUGAAUUACUUCUGAUAUCAUAUGCAUGUCUGAACUUUACAAUGGAAUAGAUGCUUUUCACAUGUUCUCAGUGAAAAGAAAAAGCCAUUUAAAAUUGCUAUAUUCAGCAUUAGUUAUGGUGCACGGUUUUGUUUGCUUGCUCUGUCUUCUAUAUGUUUACAUAAAUAAAGUAUUGGUACAUCUC